AUUGCUGCCCUGUGCAAAGGGGUUGCAGCAUCCGCAGGAGUGUGCCUCUUUGUAGGCAGACAGUGGCUCAUGCCUGGCUCCACGGAUUUUCUUCUUGUGAGGGGUCUGUGAUCUUCCCAGGGGCUCCUGCCCCCCAAGGGAUUAGGGUCCCCUAGUCUGCAGAGUUGAGCCUCCACCAGAUUUGAAGGGGCAGCAUCUGGUGAAAGAAGCCUCGCCCACUCUGAGUGGGGGGACCGAUUUUAUUUAUUGGAGGAGGAAGGGGAAGAUCCCUGGUCUUGUUUCUAGAGUGAAGGUAGCAGGGAGAAACAUCUAGUGGCACUGGGUUCCGGGGGAUUCUUGCUCAGAGACUUCUCGAGGGGGAUUCUUGCUCAGAGACUUCUCAGAGACUUCUCAGUGAUGCCUGCGACUGGACGUUUCCCCGCGGCGAGUCCCUCAUGGAUGCAGUGAUCUCUCGCCCAUUCGCAGCCCACAAUGGCCUUGAGGGGACUUUGGCUCAUCAGCCACGAACAAGGGGCACGAGGCACCGUAUUGUUUUCCAGGCGUUACCCCACAGUUGAAAAGCGAGCAAAAUUGUUCAAUGGCGAAAGCUAUGUGUCCGUGCCAGAAGAUGGCCCUUUCCUUAAGGCAUUGUUUUUUGAACUAAGGCUUACAGAUGAAGACCACCAUUUUAUAGAGCGUAGGGAUGGCUGUUCUCGAAUCAAUAAGACUUCUGUCUAUGCACUUCAGGCCACAGGAGGAGAUCUCUGGCCAGUUGUGGCCUUUCAGAAGAGCGGCUUGAUUUAUGUUGGCCUGCCAUUGGUUGAGCAGUCCUUAGAUCCACACCCACCUCUCAUCAGCAUCAGUGGAAUCUCCCAGACCUUUGCCCUCUUGUCAGGGUUACUGGCCUUCAUGAAUCAGAAGAGUGAAGGUGAGAGGAACAGCAAAAUCAGUCAGCUCCCAAGUUUGCUCAUGCAGAUCUGUCCGCUUGGCAGCCCUCUAGAUACAAACUUUAACAUCUCAUUGUUGGAAGGCAACCACGUCACUCCAAGUAGCCACCCUCAGAAACCACCAGCUUGGAGAACCAGCACGUACAAGGGAAAGCCUCAAGUUAAUGUCUGUAUCAUUGAAAAAGUCAAGUCUAUGCAGUAUGACAAAAGGGAUGUGGUGGACAUGUGGCAGGUUUACGGAACUGUAACUUGCAAGUGUGACAUCGAAGGCACUGCUCCCAAUGUGACUGUCAGCUUGAACCUCCCUGCCAACGGCUCUCCUCUCCAGGAUAUCUUGGUCCAUCCUUGCGUAACGUCCCUUGACCCUGCAGUCCUGACCUCUAGUAGUGUUGACGUGAUGGAUGACUCGGCUUUCAGCGGACCUUAUAAAUUCCCCUUAAUACCUCCUCCAGACCAGUUCAAUCUCUGCUUUUAUACUUCCCAGGUGCCUGUUCCACCCAUUCUGGGAUUUUAUCAGCUGAAAGAGGAAGACUCACAGUGGAAGUUCACCAUUCACCUGAAGCUUCACGAGAGUGUGAAAAACACAUUUGAAUACUGUGAGGCCCGAGUUCCCUUCUUCAACAAGGGCCCCAUCACGCACUUGGAGUACAAAGUCAGCUACGGCCUGCUCGAGGUGUCGAAAGAGAAGAACUUGCUAGUCUGGGUCAUAGGACAAAAAUUCCCCAAAUCACUGGACAUUUCUCUAUCCGGGACUCUUGCUUUUGGGCCCGUGAGCCCACAGCAGCCAGUGGAUCCGGUGUGUACUGGAAGCACUGCCUAUGUCAAACUCUAUUUUAGAAUCCUGGAUUUCACGCUUACUGGAUGUCACACCGACCAGCAUUCCAUUCAGGUCUUUCCAUCAGGAAAACUAAAGUUCAGUACAGCUCGAGAAGUCCUCUCUUCAGAUUACUACAUCUGGAAUUCCAAAGCUCCAGCACCUGUGGUAUAUAGAACCUUGCUUUUCUAAUUUCCCCGUCAUUUUGUACUAGAAAGGAAGAAUAAAUUUGCUAAAAUAUUUUAA